UCAUUCCAGGCUCAGCAGAGCACGGGCAGAGCGCUGCGGGAGCAUGAGAUUACCGCUUUGUGCUUUCUGUCUCGUGCUGGGAUGGUGCCCGGCUGGAGCCCUGGACGGUGGGAUGCUCUACCCCCGGGAGUCAUCCUCCAGGGAGCUGAAGGAUCUCAGCGGCCUCUGGAGCUUCCGGGCAGACUGGUCAGAGCAAAGGGAUGCAGGAUUCGUGGAGCAGUGGUACAAACGGCCACUCCAGCAGACAGGGCCAGUAAUGGACAUGCCAGUCCCUGCCAGCUUCAAUGAAAUAACUCAAGAUCCAAAGUUGUGGAAAUAUACUGGCUGGGUAUGGUAUGAGAAGGAGGUGCUUCCGCCAGCCCACUGGCUCUUGAGAGAUCCUGGGACUCGUAUUGUGCUCCGAAUUGGCAGUGCACACUAUUACUCCAUUGUGUGGGUGAAUGGGGUGCAAGUCACUGAGCAUGAAGGAGGACACCUCCCCUUCGAAGUGGAGAUCAGUGAAAUCCUGCAUAGGAGUCCCAAAGAACCCUGCAGGAUCACCAUUGCGGUCAAUAAUACCCUGACCCCACACACACUGCCUCCAGGAACGAUUCAGUAUAUGAAAGAUGAGUCCAUGUAUCCAAAGGGCUACUUUGUUCAAAACACAAGAUUUGAUUUCUUCAACUAUGCUGGAAUUCACCGCCCGGUCUUGCUCUAUGCCACACCCUUGGUCUACAUUGACGAUAUCACAGUAACCACAGCCAUGAAGGGAAACGUUGGCCUAGUUCGUUAUUGGGUGUCUGUACGAGGAGGCUCAGACUACAGCUUAUCCCUGACUUUGUAUGACAGUGACCAUGUUGCUGUAGCAGCAGGAAAUGGGUCGGCUGGUGAACUGAAAGUGCUGGAUCCUGUUCUCUGGUGGCCAUAUUUGAUGCAUGAACGUCCUGGGUACCUCUACUCCUUGAAGGUCACGCUCUCUGCCAUUGUAGAAGGCACCAUCUCUGAAGACACCUACGUGCAGCCAGUUGGCAUCCGUACCAUCUUUGUGGCUCGCAACCAGUUCCUCAUUAAUGGGAAACCAUUCUAUUUUCACGGGGUCAACAAACAUGAAGAUGCUGAUAUCCGUGGCAAAGGUCUCGACUGGCCUCUGAUCGUGAAGGAUUUCAACCUUUUGCGCUGGCUGGGAGCCAAUUCCUUCCGCACCAGCCAUUAUCCGUAUGCGGAGGAGAUCAUGGAGCUGUGCGAUGCUUAUGGCAUUGUCGUGAUUGACGAGGGCCCAGCAGUGGGCAUGCACGACAGUAUGAACUUUGAGAACCAGUCUCUCCAACACCACCUUGUCGUGAUGGAGGAGCUGAUCCGGCGGGACAAAAAUCGACCCUCAGUUGUGAUGUGGUCGGUUGCCAACGAGCCAGCCUCAGAGUUGCCUCCGGCUGGUUACUACUUCAAGACAGUGAUAGCCCACACCAAAGCUUUGGACCCUACUCGGCCUGUCACCUUUGUCUCGAAUGCGAAUUACCUACGAGAUCAGGGGGCACCUUAUGUGGAUGUCAUCUGUGUGAACAGCUACUUCUCCUGGUACCAUGAUUCAGGACAUCUGGAAGUGAUCCGGCUGCAGCUGAACACACAGUUUGAGAACUGGUAUACUACCUAUCAAAAGCCCAUCAUUCAGAGUGAAUAUGGAGCAGGCACCAUCAGUGGCUUUCAUGCUGACCCCCCUCUCAUGUUCUCUGAGGAAUAUCAGGCAGAUGUGCUCAAAGAAUAUCAUGCUGUCUUCGACCAAAAGAGGAAAGAAUAUGUGAUCGGAGAGCUCAUCUGGAAUUUUGCUGAUUUUAUGACAGAACAAGGGGUGAAACGUGUCAUGGGUAACAAGAAAGGGAUUUUCACUCGCCAGCGGCAACCCAAAGCAGCUGCCUUCCUUCUGAAAGAAAGAUACUGGAAGAUUGCCAAUGAAUCCAGAUCUCUGAUGCCGCCCUUCACAUGCAGUGUCUGCUUGCCCUAAGCCAAGGUUGAGAAACCCUGCCCUAAGCGCACUUCCCCAAGUUUGCUUAACUCACAUUUUGUACUGCAAGAGGCUCAGGUUACAAAUGUGCUGUCGAAAGAGCAUUCAAAUACAGGUAGUUUUUCUACAAUUAGACGUCAAAGAACAAACGUACUUAGGUCAGUGUGAAAUCUAAUCAGUGAAGCCACCAGCAGGACUGGUGACAAACGUUGGCAACUGUAAAUGUGUCCUUCCAUUACAAGGAGUCAGAGAAAAAGAUACCGCAUGGACGUGUUUCUCUCUGAUUUUGAAAAACGUUUGCCUGUUUCUAAGGGCCAAAGCAUUUCUUAGCCUUAUUAAAGUGUUUUACAAUCUAUUGAUCCCUCCUUGAAUACAUUUUCUUAAUUCUGUUAUAUGUAUUUAACUAUAUUUAGAGUAUGCAGGUUGACCAAGUUCACUUUCGAGGAGAGAGAACGCCUGGGGAAGAUCUUGCUCAGGAUGGAGAUACCGUUCUUGCUCCCUUUCGAGGCACACGGUCAGCCACCCAUAAACGUACAUACAGUGGUUUGCUCGAAAGGGCUGAAGUUGGAGGCUAAACAGCUAGUGCAAGAUCUUCUAAGAUGGGAAGGGAGGUACAAAUUUUGGGGAAGAGAUAGGAAACUCUUCAUCAUAGACAUGUUAACUGGUUCCAGGUUAUAUUUAACUAACCCUGCCCCAAAAGGACAGGCAAUGGGGGAGGGCUUGAAAUAAAAUGAAGGAAGAAAGCUAAUUUGAGAGGUGGGGAGCGAGAGAGGCCAAGCUCAGAAACAUAUAUGAGACCUUAGCUUUGGAUGUAGCAAAAGGGAAGGUGGAAAGAGAAAAGAGGAGAAAAGGAGAGAGAGAUGGGAGACAAAAUGAGAGAGCAAGAGGAAAAGAAGAACAUUUGGAACCAGCGGAGUGAUCCUCACCCACCCCUUUGCUGGCAUAAGGACUACUCGGGAGGAAGAGGUGAAGGAGGGCAGGCAGGCAGGAGGCUAUGCCCAAGGAUUACCACAGCAGGAUCGGCAGCCGAGUCGGUGUGGUGAGAAGACCUGGAAGGUUAUCUGGGAGAAAAAGCUGAGAAGCAGUUGGGUGAUCUCACCUGGGAAGAGAAAGAUGGAGGAUGAAAGGAGGACCGAAGACCUGCCAGAAGCAAGAUGUUGGCAGAGACACAGUGAGCAUGUUUUGGAAGGUGGGGGGAGGGGACAGGAGGGUUGUGUGGUUUCUGGGACCUUCAUUUAAUAACUGUCUGGUUUGGUUCUGCAACCAAACAGGACAGACUCAGACUCCAACGAA